AUCAUGUGAUGUAAACACGUAAAAAUGGCAGAAGCCGUGCUGGAGCGAAAACCAAAGAAAAAGUCAGGAAAGAAAAAAGAGAAGAAUGUGCAGUAUGUACCUCUCCAUAGUGAUGACACAAACACAGAGUCUGUGCAUAAAUCAGAAGAACCUGCACCAAGAGCUCCAGUCCAGCAGCUUGCUCAGACUGAUGUAUCAGAUCGUAGUCUUGCACGUACAAUCACUUAUGUUGAACAAGUCACACAUGCUUUAGACAAGGAAAGUUCAACCCAGAAAGAUGUAGGGUACAAGGAUCCAGGAAUUUCAGAGACUAUUGGAACCUCAAAAAUAGAGCAAAAGAAGUGGCUGGAAAAGAACUAAGCCCUGAACAACACGACAGUGAACAUUUGUCUGGCUCUGGCAAAACUACUGAGAAACCUCUUGUAAAUGAAGAGAGUGCUUUAGAAUCAGGUGUCAAAAAUAUUUCAUUAUCUGUACCACCUCCCUCAACAGGAUCAGUAGAAAAGACAGUUGGAAAAACUGAACUGAUUUCAGAUGAACCAGAAGCUUUUGUAGAUAGCCAGUUGGAGCCUUUGGUUACGACGUUUCAUUCUGAUAAUGUUAAAAAACAUGUAAGUGAAGUAACUGUAGAGCCACUUAAACUUGUCUUACCUGAACUACCUGUGAACCCUUUUGAAGAUCUACAAACAGAGUUAGGCAAAGUGGUCCAUGAUUAUGCUAUUACAGCUCGUAGUUUAACAGCGGCAGAAGAUGGACCUCAGCCAGCACUUGUCAGUGUCUCAGGUGAGACACAGGGCAAUGAGAUCAGUAAUGAGACUGUCACAGGUGAGAUGGUUUGGGAAAAAACAGGUCCUCUACCCCAGGUAAAAGAUAUUGCUUCCAAGGAGCUGAUGGUUAAACCUGCCAGUCAGGUAAAUGAAACUGAUGUAGACAUGACAAACAGUGUUCAGGAGCCUGUCAUGGAAAACGCAGAAUGUUCAAAUAUGGAAAGACAUAAUAUUUCAGUAUCAACUACUGAAAAUAAUGACACAAUUUCAGCUUCUCCUGCCUUGCCCCUGCUCUCUGAAACCAUACUGCCUAAGGACCAAACAGUAACUUCCCAGCCUGCUGAAGCUUUCAUUUCCUCAGGUGUGGAAGCACCUGCACCUAAAGCCAAAGUGCAACACAGGAAGAUCUACAGAGAGCAGACUUACACCAAAGAGCUGGUGGAGUCAUCUCCCUUUAAACCACUCACCAUUCAACAGUUGGAGAGUCUAUAUUACAACCCACAACUGGCCCAGAAUGACAAAUUUGUGCAAGAAUUUAUCCAGAAUGAAAUAUCCAAAGAGAGGCAUGAGUUUUACGAGAUUUUGAUGGAUUACUUCCGUGCAAGGAUGAACUUCCUGCAUGCAGAAGGUGAUAUUCGAUCACUACAGAAGAAUUACCAUGGCCUGGUGGAAAGCCUGUGGCACACAACAGAACAGAGAGUUUCCAUACCGUGUUACUGUGGUGAUAAUGUGAAGUGCACAGCCAAUCAUACCUACAGCCAGUGUUCCCUGAAUGAGGAGGUAUUGCAGAACAUAUCACAUGCGCUCCAAGCUAUCCGCACAGAGCUACACGAACAGUUCUCCCUCCAUGCUUAUUCAGCACAGCUCUCCAGGUUUCAAGUGGAGUCCUACAUUCAUAAUUUGUUUAUGUCAUGUCCAGUUCUUAGGGACAUUCCACGAAAUGCCCCAGUUCAAGCUAUGCCACAUGAGAUCCAGGAUCAAGGCACCAGUCUUCAGAUCCAUCGUCUGAAGGAGUGUAUCUCAAUUCUCUUCAUGUUUCACAGACGACCAAUCAAAGAUGAGCAUUUCAUGCAGGAUAUCCGGUCAUGGACUGAGAGACUGACAUCGGCUUUGUUAAGGAUUGCAAGUUUCAGCGAUCACUUGUUCAUCCUAAACCACAUUUUACGCUGCCCAGCUGGAGUUGGGAAGUGGGCAGGGAAAUUGAUACAAGUUAUUCCCCCUCAGUGCAGUCUUCAGACAUCCUUUGGAGGUCCAAUCCUGGAUCACGCCAUCACAAUCCUAGCAACCAUUCUGCUUCCUGUGGCAGCUCGUACCGAGUUUAUAUGCCAGAUGAACAUUGCAGCGAGUGCCAAUUCCGAGGACAAGGAGAAUAUGUGGAUAUUGGUGGAUUCGGACGGGGAAGAGGAUGAGGACCCAAAAAACUCAUGGCAAUACCUGCAUGAAAACGACAUUGUGGCCCUUCUUAAACAGUUCCCAACAGCAGCAAUAUUUCGUCACAUUUUUCUGAUGGAUCCUGAGAAAACCAAUUUGAGUGCGUAUGAUGUGUUGCGAACAAGUGACUCAGUCAUGAUGAAGGUGUUUGCGUUCUCAACAAGCUUUAUUAACCUCUUGAGUGCCGGCCUGCAGACAUUCAGUAUGUCCAGGUACAGGCAACUCAACAAGAGGCUUGGCAGAAUGAUCAGACAAAGUGUGCACUAUGUGUCAUGUCACUGGCAGAAUUUCAAAACCCUCCAUCAUGAGCUGAGUCCUCAGGUUAUUCACAGACUGCAGCUGGAGUUUGACCAGUUCUUUCUACGAGCUACCCAUGCUAUUCUAACAGCUGAAAAACUGGGCUCAUGGCAGUUUAUGGCUGACAUGCCAUUCAUUGGUGUGUCUAUGGAAACCAUGUGGAGGUUGCUAUGGAUUCUCCACCAGAGCUCUGCUCCAUCGUUGGAUCUUGAUAGGAUACCUGUAAUGACAACAUGUAUGGAGUAUAUGAAAGAGCCUGACAACAUGGCACAGUUUGCAGACAACUUGGUCCAACUCCCCACGUCAGAGUCCAUUUACCUGUUAACGACAUUCUCCAACAUGGCGCAGUCAAGGUGUGAAGAAGAGAGGCAGUUUGUAGAAGUGAUUGUUCUGGAAGUGUUUGAGAUCGCUUACAUCAGCAGUCACACGCGAGAUUUCUGCUCAAAAGUUGGUCGAGAAUUAUUGUCAGCCAUGGCUGCAGCUCAUCCGUUCAUCAUCUCAAUCAUUAUCCAGAGACUGAAGGACGUCUUGGAGGAAACUGGAAUGGAUGAUGAUGUUUCAGAGAUGUGUCUGUACCUAUUCCGUGAGAUGCCACUUUACCAGUGGCAACCUACGAAAGAAGACAUGGAUGUCCUAGGAGUAUGGUUGCUGGAAUCCGAUGUAAGCCAACCACAAAAUCACCUGGCUCGUCUCAUUCUUAGUAACCUUGAUUGGGGUUUCACAAGACAGGAAGAUCGACUGAGUCUGCCUGUUGAUUUACACAGACAGCUAGCCUUGCUCUUGGUGCAAGCCUUUGCCAAAUUUGUCGCAGACAAGAAUGCAGGAUAUGCUAUUUUACAAGGGAUGAAACAGGUUGCAUCAGCAGUGAGAAACCAAAUGACCAGUGAGCAGCAAUUUAGCAUCUGGGUUUGGGAUCUAGCACUCAGGCUGCACCUACACAAGAUGUCUUUGCCCUCACCUGUGCUUCUGCUGGACACGCAGUCAGCACGGGAAAGGGAAGCAAUCCCAGAUGUGGAGAAUGAUGUGACCAUGCUGCCUCUCCUGAAAAGUAUCAAGGCAGAAAACAGCAUGGCUUGCUUUGUGGCCUUGGCCAUGACUAAGUAUGGACACAACGUUUCUGAAUUCACGUCUGCGGGCUUGGGUAUAAUGAUGACAUUGUCAUCUCAGAACCAACACCACGCUGUUAUCAAGCUUCUGUCUCACAUUGUUCCUAUGUUCUACCAAACCUCAGAGUACCUGCUAGAAAAUGACAGGUUCAUGAAGAUUAUCCGCCAAGCCAUUGCUGCUGAUGACACAUACAUGAAGUUCGCAAAGAGUAUGAUUGUCAACAUGUUUCCAGGGGAGACAAUCAAACUAUUCGCUGACAUGAUACAGACUCAAGUUCACCGGGGUGCCUCCCCGGUUGGUGUAGGGGGCUCUGUUGUGGUUGUCUUCUGGGUGACCCUUCUUACUCAAGUUCCCAGGUGGUAUCAAGACAGAAACUGCUGCUUUUUACUGGACAACCUGAUCAAGGCUGCAUUCUCACAGAAAGGUGGCAUAGAGGGUGUGAAGGACAUUUUCAAGGACAGAUUUCAGGCUCAUCUGAAGGAUCAUGGAGGCCACGGAGUUGUAACUUCUUUCGUAAACUGGAUUGCAUCGAGCAGCACACUGCCUUCCUUUAUAGAUCGUUCAUCCUCUGAGUUUGGUUGGUUGGCCUAUGUUGUCCUGGAGACGGAGGCAGUGUUUGAGCAGAACUCUAAGUUGUGGAAGACAAUUCAGCACGAGCUGAUAUCUGAUCCUGGAGUCAAUGUUGACCUUGCCUUAAAGAAAGCAGCAACACGUCUCAAAUUGUCAGCUGCACCUGCUAUCCAUCGUCUGAACAUCUAUCGCUGGGGUCAGCAGGCGCUGGACAUGCCCAUUGACCACCCACUGUUACCAGUCUUCUGGCAGAGAUUCUUUGUCCUCUAUCUCGGCAGACUGACCGCAGAAGCUGGGAUGCCACAAAGAGCCAGUAUUGGUGAAAAGUUUUUUGAGAGCUCAGGAAAUGUGACAAUGAUGAAGAAAAUGAAGAAGAAACUGUCAGAAGCAUCAGAGUACCAUUUGAAGAUUGUUCCAGAAGCUGAAGAGAGGUCAAGGUCAUUCAGCAACACAGGGGAAACUGAGGACCCUGACAGCGAUUUAGAGGAGUUUGGUGACAGGCUUGAAGAGACAACAUACGUCCCCAAUUGCAACUUUCACCACCGACUGGCAAGCCUGUAUCGCACCUUUCUGCUGUGGAUGGAUGAGCCCCGCCUGCAUGAUGCUUCAUUGUACCUGCCAUCCCUCCCACCACAGUAUGAGGCCAGCCGUCUUCAGAGGAUUUUCCAUAAUCAAGUGGAUCCAUGGAUGGAUUAUGUGGACAUGGAUAAGGCAGAGUAUGAGCUGAGCCAGAUGGUUAGUGAGUGGGUGAAGAGAAGUGGUUUACGCUGUAGUUACCACAAGCUACCUCACAUCAACAUUGACCACCCUCCUCAGACAGCUACAGAGCAGAUUUUGCAGCGGUUAACGGGACAUGACAUUCCAGAUCCACCACCCCCGGUUGCUCAGCUGAAAGCCCCUGUCCCCGAUGUCAGUGUGCAGGUGCUUGAAGACAAGCAAGCCAUUCUGUAUAUCCUCAAUGCUGACAUCAAUGUUCUCAAGGAUUACUCCAAAGUGUUUAUGAGCCGAAUGUCAAAACACAUGGCCUUAGAUGUGAAUUAUCUGGAGCUUCUUCCUGAGGAAUACUAUAAUCAAAGAAGACAGGUGACACUGACAGUUGAAUGCAAGAAGACUUUCAAUCCCACCCACAAAUGUAAACGUGCUGCUGUUGCACAGGCUGAGAUACAGGAGAAGACAAGAAAUGAGAUGGUUCAAAGACGGAUUGAUGAGAACCGUGCUGAGUUUAAGCAGGUUAUGAUUGAGGCACUCCUCCCUUCCCCACCUAACAUCUGUAUGGCUGCUGUCCAUGUUGAAAACGUCAUUGUAAUGUUGGUGAAGCUAUGUCAGACAUGCACCGACCAGCAGAGGGUGACAAAUCUCCAGCAUAUCGCCUCCACGCUCUUCUACCACAUGGCCAGCAUGAUUAAUGACGAGACAAACUUUUACCCACCUACACGCCAGUUCUUCUCCUCCUGUAUAGAGGUAUUGGGACAGGAGUUUAUCCGGUAUAAUCAUGAUCAAGUGUACACCCUGUUGGAGUUUGCAUUGAGCAACCCCACCCUCGCUGGCCUCCUGUCACCACAUUUCUUACCCAAUCACAGCCCACAGUACUUCGUAAAUAUGUAUGAGCAAGUAAGCAAGGUUCCCCUUGAUCAACAACAUGAGAUGGCUUUCACAUUCCUCUCUAAGUUUGAAGUUGCAUCUUGGUUGGAAGGGUCAAAACCGUCCCAUGGGGAAGUAUCACAGUACUUAAAGAUCCUCAGCGCAGCCCUUUGUAGAUGUGGAUCAAAGCCAAACACAAAAUUUAGUAUGAUGCUGGAGCUGUACUGUUGUCAUCUGCAAAUUGUGUUAAAAUACAGAUUUCCUGAGUACCUGGAAGAGACUCUGACCCAUCUUUUAGAAGGAUCUACCACCGAGUCACUUAGCCCCAGCUGUUGGGAGGCUUUUUGUGAAGUAUGUCUAGGCAAGAAAUCUGAGGGUAGUAGUUUGGAGUUAUCACCCCUGAGUGAGCAGCGUCUUCCAGUGCAGAUUGACCACAAGUCCUUACUUUCUAUCACACAGAUCCAGCGACUGUUAGAGUGGCUUGGGAACUACUUCACCCGUUUACGGACGUCCAAUCAGGAUCUGGCAACAUUUGGAUUGUACCCUAAGUGGAGGCUCUACUCCUGGUAUAUUGGCGAGUUGAUCCGUGACCUGGUCAAAGACUUGGCAGUCAAGCUGAUGGUCAUUGUGGUGGACUGGACGCCACAGAGAGCUGUGGAGUUCAUCUGGCACCAUAUGAUAGAAGCUUUCUCUCCCUGGAUUCAGCCAUUUGACAACCAGCCAGAAAUACUGACACCCUGGGUAGAGAACGACUCACCCUUAGCCAUUGAUAUAGUCUCUAUGUUUCGACAGAAUGUGGAAUUUGUUCAGAAUCAUUUCUCAGGUACUCUGGAGCCAUAUAACUGUGAUCCCCUGUCCUUAUUGUGGACGUACUACACAGAGAAAUUGUCCCCUAAAGGCACCCCGGACUUCGUCCUCACGGUGUACCAUUGUGAUUUCCAGAAGCUGCCUUGGGAGGCCAUGCAGCCCUGUGCUGAUAUAGUGGCAAAUAUGGCCAAACUCAAAGACCGAAGCUGUGAUGACAGCUUUUUGUUCCUGAGCCGAAUCUUCCCACGAGUGAACUGGUCAGAUACUCUGGCUUAUCACAUGACCUCUCAGGCACCUGGUGUGACCUCAGGCCUAGAGGCUAGCCUAUUCACUCUGCUCCUACAGUUCUACUCUGAGAAGGAACUGAUGGACACCAAGGAUGGGAGCCUUGCUCAUAUGUUUAUGGUUGCUGAGGGCUUCAAUUGGAGCUACCUGGUCUCAAACAACUACUGCGAAGUCACUAACUGGCUGCUACAACACUGUGACCCAGCCUGCAUCUUGUCAGAGCGCUCCUCAAUUGCUGCUCUUGGACCAAGGCUUAUGAAGUAUGCUGCUGGGUUCACUGUGCCAUCAUCCACUUCCUGGCAGCCGGACAUGUCUGUCAAGAGGGUGAAUUACAUCCACUGCCUGGUGCAGCUGCUGUGCCAGUGCACUUUCCUGGGUCACCUGAACACCGAGAACUUCAGCACCAUCAUCAUCAACCUGCUCACAGAGAUUGAGACUGUCGAAGGCGCAGUGAGUGACAGCUUGGCACAGCAGGAAGAAUCUUUGGACAUGAUAAAGGAGAUGUUCAGCCUCUUGAACAACUGUAACCCGGAUGGCAACUCAACUGUGGUUGUCAUGGCAACGUUUGUUCAGUGGCUUCAGUCAUCACCUAACAGUAUUUUGUUAAUGCCAUGCUUGAAGGCAUCCAGCCGCUCCCUUGCCUCUCUGAAUCACAUGGCCCAAAUAUCAGAAGUCUGUAUAGAAACAUACUUUAGUUCAGUUUUUGACUCAAGUGACAUAUCUGGCUGGGGCAGUGUGCUCGCAUCACUGCAGAUACCGGAGCUGAGUUUGGAGGACUACUUUCAUGAGGCUUUGUUGACAGGGUCUUAUCUGACGCUGUUCUCAUAUGUGCUGCAGCAGCUGCCACUGUGCCAAGGUCUUCAGGACGAGGAGAAACUCAUAUUACGUUUCACAGAGUGGCUGCAGCAUGCAAAACCAAGCUCAGACAAUGAAGCUAAGAUUAUCCUGUGGAUUUACAAGUUCCUGACCCUGUGGAUUAGGCAGGUGGAUUUUGGAACAAGCCAGUCAAGGUGUGCAGACAUGCUUCAGGCAAUUGUCCCAUCACUCAUUCACCUCGGGGAGGAUCGCAGCUCCACGGGUCUGCUAGGGGCAAUCGGACUGGGGCGCAAGUCUGCUCUCUCUCACAAGAUCCGUGUGUUUGCCCGAUCAAUGGCUGCUUUCUUGGCCACCCAGAUUCCCGGAGACGGAACUCUGCGGGUUCAUCCAGGGCCCGUGAGAAUCUCCAGUCAGCUUGCUCGCCAAACCCUUGGCCAGCUACAGGCUAUCAAGAGCAGCAAGGAGUACAGCACUUACUGGGAGCAUGUGCAGUUCUCUUACAACUUCAUCAUGAACGAGGCCAAUACAGUGCAGAACGCUGUUACCCUCCUGGUUCACCUGGCCCACAGUCUGUACCCAGGACAAGGUUACCUCAUGGGAGUCCAGCAUUUGUAACUAGCCGACACACCUGUGUAAGGAGUUGUUACCUGUUAUCUCUGCUGUUAUCUUACUUGACUUGUUCACAAUUAAGAUUUUACAGGACUGCCUGACAAAUUUCCAAGCCAAGUGGCAAGUUUUGCACACUGGGGUAAUCAGGGAUAUUUCCGCGCAUUGAGUAAUCCUUUGUGCCCAGUGUAUUUUGACCUUUAUCAAUUUUGCUGUGCUAAUGCAAUAUGAUGUGCUUGAAUGCCCUGUUUUUGUUUAAAUCAGUUGAUAAUGAUUUCAUAAAUAAACUUUAAAUACAAUUGGUAAACUGUGACACAGCAGUCUGUUUGUACUUAAUCUGGCAUAGUACUUGUUUACUUUGUCUUGUGCAAGUUUAAAUCCUAAUCUGCAGCAUGACAAGUUUUGUGAUAUGCUAAGCGAUCCUCUACGGCAACAUGCUUUACAAUAAUGAUUUACAGUGUUUUCAAACAUAACUGUGAAAGUGAGCCAAAGGCUGUUGACCAUUUUGUCAUGUUUUUGUGAAAUUAAUAUACUUCUCAACAUUGUACUUGUUAAGUAUUAUGCACAUUAGAACUUAAGACUAAAUAAUCCUUUCAAACAAUGUCGAAGUAACAACUAUGGUGAUUUACCAUUGGAGGGAAAAUGUUGACAACCCUGAUGAUUGGUAUGUUGUUAGAAAGAUAUUAUUUGCUUAGAAACGUUAUAUUUUACUUUUAUUUUCCAAUCUCUGGCCAAACCAAUGUGUGUAUAAUAUGUAUGAUCACAUCUUCUGUCUCAAUAGUUUGCUUGCCUGUUUAACGCAUUUGAAAGGAAAGUAGCAUUUGAACAAGAACAUUAAAUAAAUUAGGAACAAAAUUUGUAAAAACAUACUUUUAAGUUUCUCAGUAAAAUACCCCGGAAGUUGUGUCAUUUAGAACUUAUUUGCCAUCGCCGGAAAGAUUAAUGUAUAAAAUUUGCUGAUAAUUCAGUUUGAUGCUGUUUUUAAUAGUCAUUGCAUUCUAAAAGUUUUCUGCGCAUAUUAAGUCCAAGCUACUAUUGCAUACAACUCAUGAAAACCUUAAUACAUUUAUUGUAUAUCCUGUGAAGCAUAUUUUUAUUAUGGCAAGCUAAAUCUUAAUGUUAAUUCAAUGCAUUUCAACAUAUCAACCAGAAAUUUUGAAUAACACUGUUAUGUUCAUGAAGUUUAUGGUGUACAACAUAUCUAUUCAGUUUGGUGCUAAUGUGUACAGUAGAGAUUUAAUAGUGUAGAUACGGUGAUAGGUAAAUUUUAAAUGUAAAACCAUAUUUGUUACGAAAUGUGUUGUGUAUUAAAUGCAAUUCCUGUCAAAGACAAACCUAUUAAUUCUCAACAUUAUUUAUGGAUGUGGGUUGAUGAAUUAAAUGUGGAGAGUAAAGAGUAUAGUAAAGCCCUUGUGGGAUCAAAAUCUUGAGGAUUUGUAGAAUCUUAUUUUCUUAUAUAAAUUGCAAACUGUGAUUUUAAUUAGAACCUUGAGUCUUCACUUUGUUUACAGUUUGUUUGUUUAGAGAACCUACAUUCUCACCGUAAACUUUUUUUGCGGUGUCUUACUUGUCUGUGCUACAAGCAUAGUAGAAUUUGUAUUCUACUGUAUUUGAAAUACAGUCGGAUUUACAAAGCUUCAUGAUUUUACUUCCAACCUUCUAACAUAUGGGUUUUCACAUUUCAUGCUUAAUACCUAUUUAAAUCAGUGCAGUGUCGGUUGUUCUGGACAUUGUCCCAAGAUGUUAACGGUAUUAUGUACUUACAUGUUGUCCAACCAUCAAGAACUGGAUAUUUAUGCAGUGAACACGAGCUGGUUUUGACCUGAAUGUUCUUUGUAAUAAAAAGCGUAAGACUACAUGAUUAUCAAACAUUCACCUGUGUGUAGCAUGGUGGAACUUCUGAAAAUGCCAGAUUAGUUGUUGCCACACUAAAUUAAAUGCUGUUCCACAGCUCUCUCACACCUUGCCAGUUACCUGUAUCCAUGUACCUUUCAAUUACUGAUUAACACUGAAGAAGUAAAAGACAGUUC